UAUUUUUACAUUAUUUUUGGGUAAUUAUUUUUUCCACGGUCAAUUGAUUUUUGAGUCUUUUGUUUUUAGUAUGCUUCUCUUCCAAUUGACUUUGAUUCAUUUGCCGUUUUCAGGUUCUUGGCAGAAGACCCCAUUCUCAGAUCUUCUAAAAGGAACUGGGAAGACACGUAAUUGUAUAGAGUCUUCGUGGCAUUCUUGAAGAAGCUUUGCGCAGAUGGUCCCUAUUCCGAAAUGGAACUUCUCUUGGACUUUGGUAGCAACAAUCAUUUCUCUUGUAGCAUUAGUUUUGGUUGUUCAUACGUUCCUGUACCCUUUGGUGCCAUCCUCUCUUGAUUAUCUUGGUGGCCGGCAAUCUCGGAGUUCUUGUCUCCAAAUUAAUGGCUCGAUUGAAGUAGGUGGUGGCCAUUUGACCAGUAAUUCACUGCUAGGCCUUGAUUUAGAUGCUCGGUUUCCUGCUGACUCUCAUUGGGCAGUGAGUUACCGGGGUGCACCGUGGAAAGCAGAUAUUGGACAGUGGUUUUCUGGCUGCGAUUCAAUUGCCACAGAAAUAGAUAUCGUUGAGAGCAUAGGUGGAAAGGGCUGCAAGAACGACUGUAGUGGUCAAGGCAUUUGUAACCGUGAACUGGGACAAUGCAGAUGUUUUCAUGGAUAUGCUGGGGAAAGUUGUUCCGAGAAAUUGCAGUUGGACUGCAAUCUUCCAGUAUCUCCGGAGCAGCCAUAUGGGCGAUGGGUUGUUUCAAUUUGCCCAGCACAUUGUGAUACAACAAGAGCAAUGUGCUUUUGUGGAGAAGGAACCAAGUACCCAAAUCGUCCUGUGGCAGAGGCAUGUGGCUUUCAAGUGAAGUUACCAUCUGAACCCGGCGGUCCUAAGCUGACUGAUUGGACAAAGGCUGAUCUGGAAAAUAUUUUUACGACCAACAGUAGCAAGCCUGGCUGGUGUAAUGUUGACCCGAAAGAAGCAUACGCUUCCAAGGUGAAAUUCAAAGAGGAAUGUGACUGUAAAUAUGAUUGCCUUUGGGGACAGUUUUGUGAGGUGCCUUCACUAUGCAGUUGUGUCAACCAAUGCUCUGGGCGUGGACAUUGUCGCGGUGGAUUUUGUCAGUGUGAUGCCGGUUGGUAUGGAAUAGAUUGCAGCAUUCCAUCUGUUUUGUCAUCAAUGAGAGAAUGGCCUCGAUGGCUUCAACCGGCUACAGUCAGUUUGGCCGAUACACAUCUUACUGGUGAUCUCCUGAAUGUUAAUGCUCUGGUGAAAAAGAAAAGGCCUCUUAUAUAUGUUUAUGAUUUGCCUGCAGAAUUCGAUAGUCAUCUCCUUGAGGGGCGGCAUUUCAAGUUUGAAUGUGUAAAUAGGAUAUAUAGUGAGCAGAACACAACACUGUGGACAGACCAGUUGUAUGGCUCACAGAUGGCACUCUAUGAAAGCAUCCUGGCUAGCCCUUACCGAACACUGAACGGCGAAGAAGCAGACUAUUUCUAUGUUCCGGUUCUUGAUGCCUGCCUCAUCACUCGCGCAGACGACGCACCCCACUUGAACAUACAGGAACACAUGGGUUUGAGGAGCUCACUAGCUUUGGAUUAUUACAAGAAGGCACAUGAUCACAUUGUCGAGCAUUACCCGUAUUGGAACCGCUCGUCCGGAAGAGAUCAUAUUUGGUUAUUUUCAUGGGAUGAAGGUGCUUGCUAUGCUCCUAAAGAGAUCUGGAAUAGUAUGAUGUUGGUUCACUGGGGGAACACGAAUUCGAGGCACAAUCACUCGACAACUGCUUAUUGGGCCGACAACUGGGAUAACAUUCCUUCUGAUAAAAGAGGCGACCAUCCAUGCUUCGACCCAGACAAGGAUCUUGUGCUUCCCGCUUGGAAGCGGCCUGAUCCCGGUUCCUUGAGAUUAAAACUGUGGGCCAGAUCGCGUGAAGAGCGUAAAAGGCUGUUCUACUUUAAUGGAAAUCUAGGACCUGCUUAUGAAAAUGGCAGACCUGAAGAUACGUAUAGCAUGGGUAUCAGGCAAAAACUAGCGAAAGAAUUCGGCUCAAUCCCUGACAAGGAUGGAAAGCUUGGGAGACAAUAUACAGAAAACACGACUGUAACUUCAAAGCGUGCUGAUAAUUAUUAUGACGACUUAGCAAGCUCUAUUUUCUGUGGGGUUUUGCCAGGGGAUGGUUGGAGCGGUCGAAUGGAAGAUAGUGUUUUGCAAGGUUGCAUUCCUGUCGUAAUUCAGGAUGGAAUCUUCCUUCCAUACGAGAAUGUUCUCAACUAUGAUAGCUUUGCUGUACGCAUUCGCGAGGAUGAGAUUCCAAAUUUGCUGCAAAUUCUUCGGGGAUUUAAUGAGACAGAAAUCGAAUUCAUGUUGGCAAAUGUGGGCAAGAUCUGGCAGAGGUUCUUAUAUCGCGAUUCUGUCUUGCUUGAGGCCGAGAGACAGAAGAGAUUGUCUGGACAAGUCUAUGAUUGGGCUGAGGAGUUCUCAAAACUGGGGGAGGAUGAUGUUUUUGCAACAUUCAUACAGGUACUACACUACAAAUUACACAACGACCCUUGGAGGCGGCAUCUUGAUUCUCGACGAAAGGAGUUUGGAUUGCCAAAAGCAUGUUUAAGAAACAAUAAGUGAGGGAUUUUUGAAUUAGGAAUUUUUUUACGAGAAUGUCAUUCGUUUCUUAUUUUAGUCAGGAUGGAGCAAAUGCUUCUUGUUGUAACAGUUAUUUCCUUCGAGCCUUGCCCUUGGCUCUUUUUGUUUGCGUGUGUGUAUGUCCUUUUCCAAGUUCAUAACAAAACGGGGACAAAAACAUGAGUUUUUUUAGUCAUAAAUAAGAUUUGAUUUUUUUGGGUUGUA